AUGCAAACGCUACGCGACGUGCUGGCCCACGUCUGGGACAACGCCCUCCGACCAACCAAACCAGGGGAAGGUGAUGGCAUGCGUGUCGGCGGAUCGUGCGAGCUCCCACUACACCACGGAAGCAUUCACGCACUUCGCCGACUGGCGGUUUAUCCACCGGGCGCGCCUCAACCUGCACCACUGAACGGCACCGUCAUGUGGGGCCCACCUGACCGAGACCAGCGCUGCAGGGUCUGCGGCUACGCAAGGGAGACGCUACCACACGUGCUAUGCCACUGCAUGAUGCAUAGCGCCAUUUCCCUGUCGCGGCACAACGCGGUGGUCUCGCCCCUUCGCACGGCUGCUGCCCACGACUACACUGUAGCGUUCGAGAAACGGCCAGUUGGCGACACUGGAUUGCGUCCCGAUCUUGUCCUGGUUCGCGGGGAGGAGGCCCUGGUGAUUGACGUGGCUUGCCCGUUCGAGAACACACCGGAGGCCUUUACCAACACCCCAAACGACAAGCUCGCACGCUACCAACCCGUCACCGACUACCUGCGUCGCCGCUAUCAGAAAGUUACUGUGGCCGCCGCCAUCGUCGGGGCUCUCGGCGCUUGGGACCCGGCCAACAACCGCGUCCUCCUGUGCCUGUGCUCCCGCAGCUACCUGCGUCUCAUGAAGAAACUCUGCGUGAGCGAGGUGGUGGCAGCGUCCCGCGCCAUCUACCACGCGCACGUGGGACAUGGACGCAGCUAG